CAUACGACCCACUGUUCCGAGCACAGGGAAGCAGCUGCGGCUCCCUGUGCCUUCGUCGAUGCGGCAGCUUCACAAUUCUGAUACCUUCUCAGGCCCAGCUGCGUGCAGUCACAUCCACCACUGGUGGCAGAGUCUAAAGCUCUGCUCUCUUUCUCCGAUGGACCGCUUUCGACUGUUACGAGCGUUUGUCUCGAGUGCAAGCAUGCAGCCAAAGCCAUGGGAUGCCAUUAUCUCCUCGAUGUAAAGCUGUCGCACCAAAAGAAAGAAGAAGGUUUGCAAAACGUUAACUUGGUGGUGAUGGGUCGUCUCAGCCCGGCCUGCACGAGCGAUGAAACCGCAGUCCACGACCCAAAGAAUCUACUUUUCGAUCUUUGUUGACCCCCACAUGGUCUGACAAUUCACACGCAGCAUGCGGACCCCACCAACCCAUCCUAUCAGUCGCAUCAAACCCACACGACACAGCUUUUUAUCUUCUUCCUCUCACCGGCUAUGGAGUUAUAUCAUUCUCACCCGUCGCCUGCUCCAUGGGAAUCCAUCCCGGCACACUGGGUCAAAGACCUUUGCUCCAUCCCCACUUGAGCUUCCCACUUCUCCAGCUACGACAAUGUCGCCCCUUCCUCUGCUGUCCCUGCUCCCGCUUCUGCCCUUCUUUCCUCCAUGCACCUCUGCGUCCGCCGCCGUGCAGGGGAACAACCGGAGCGCCAGUGACCCGGUGCUGCAGUCCAUGACCAUGGACCCGCUCGAGAGGGACACCCUGUUCAUCGUGAUGGAGACCAUGUCCUCUGAUAGGGACUGGAGGUCCUCCAACCCUGACCCGUGCGUGCCAGGCUCCUCAUGGCCCGGGAUUGAAUGCAAGGCAGGCUCGGACAACCUGCUCCAUGUCACAAGGCUGGACUUCGGUGCUGUGCCGAACCCAGCCUGCAGGAGGAAUGCCACCUUCCCCUCUGAGGUCUUUCGUCUUCCUUGCCUCCAAUCCAUCUUCUUCUUCGACUGCUUCAAGGGUGCCGAGACCAACCUCUCCCUUCCACCCCCCGCUGAUGACAAAGCGGCCGCAUAUGCUUCUCUGCUACAGCUGAGUCUGAAAUCAAACCCAUCCCUCGUCGGUGCUAUUCCAUCCCACAUCUCCUCUCUCACAUCCCUUCAAGUCCUCACACUCUCACAGAACCAACUCAGCGGUGCAAUUCCUGCCAGCAUCUCCGAGCUAACCUCCCUCAUCCAUCUCGAUCUCAGCUACAACACCCUCACAGGCAGCAUUCCAAGCCACAUAGGCAGACUGAAGGGCCUGAUAGGACUUGACAUGAGCUAUAAUUACCUAAGUGGAACCAUCCCGCCGUCCAUCGGACAGUUAGGCCUUCUUCAGAAGCUUGAUCUGAGCUCCAAUUCACUUGUCGGAAGCAUUCCUGAGAACCUAGGGAGCCUCAGCUUCCUUGUUUUCUUGGCUCUCAGCGACAACAAGCUCAGUGGAGAUUUCCCACGAGGCAUAGACAAGCUCCAAGACCUCCAGUACUUCAUAAUGGACGACAACCCAAUGUUCGUGACCCUGCCAUCGCAGCUCGGCCUGCUAGCUUCGCUUCAAGAGCUUCGUCUCGCCAAUUCAGGUUACACAGGUUCCAUACCAGGGAGCUUCGCUUGGCUAACUAAUCUCACCACUCUCUCCCUCGAGAAGAACAGGCUCACAGGUGGGAUUCCUGCUGGUUUGAGUGCCCUCGGGAAGUUGUACCACCUCAACUUGAGUAGGAAUCUAUUGAGCGGAAUCGUUCCCUUCGGUGUCGGCUUUCUCGAUAGGCUUGGAAAUAACCUGGACUUGAGGGGGAACUCAGGCCUUUGCUACAAUGGGUCCGAGAGCCUUAGGACCAUUGAUGCCGGUGUCGUUGCAUGUGGAGAUAACAUGGAUAACUCUUCUUCCAUGCCGAAGCCAUUGGACGACUCAGCUGGAGCUCCAUUUCUGCUCUGCGUCUUCUACUAUCGACUUAUGUGUCUUUUAGUUUUCUGGAUGUGGUGACAUUCUAUACUCUCGAGGAAGUCGAUUGCUCUGUAUACUUUUCAACUGCCGCUUCUUCUUUUUCUUCUGUUUCUCAAGUGGCAAUAUGAUCUUCUUCGUAA